AGUUAAUUUAUUAUAAAUUCAAAUAUAUAGAAGAUAUGAAGUAGGUGAAACAAACUAAUAAGAAGAAACAAACAAUUUCAACAGAUCGUUUAGUUGGACCCACUGAUCUACUUAAAUUACAUUAGAUCAGUAGUUGGACCUUUUUGAUCUUCGUAAACUCGGCGUCUCUUGUUGUCAUGGUGACGGGAUUGUUGACGUGACUUCAAAGAAGGAUCAUCAGGUAACGUUAUGUUGUUUGAGUUUCUAGUAGGUUUUUUCAAAUGCGUUUUGAAUUAUGAAUAUCGAUUCAGAUAGAAUUUAAUUAACAAACAAACGAACACCUAAACCAAAGUAGGCUAUUUCAAAUAAUGACGACGUUGCGUGUUUUACAGUGUCGUCAACUUCUCACUUCCGGCGUAGGUUGUUUGUUAUGAUCAAGAAUCUCUGUAAAGUCCAGUUGGCAUGGAGGUGGUUCAUUCUGCCCCAGAGACUUUCUCCAGGAGUGUAAAGAAAAAAAACCUACUUCCUCUAAGCCAACUGCUGGAGGACACCAGAAAGAGUGGAAAUGUCCCCCAUCACCUUCUGGAAACUAGGGUGUUUGCCAAACUGAAGAGUAACAGUAUAGUUCAAGCCGAACCAUCAGAGCUGCACUUCAGUGGCUUUGAAGUAGGAAAGGAUUAUAGGAAAAUCCUGAAACUUGUCAAUGUCUCCUCUGAGGUGCUCAGUGUCCACAUUUUACCCCCUCAGACAAGGCAUUUCCAAAUUAAGUACACCAAAAAGUGCCGACUAGUUCCGGGUCUGGCUUAUACUGUUACAGUGCUCUUCCGACCGGACGAGUGGCGUUACUUUUCUGAUAACAUCAGGAUUCAUGGCAUGGGAGAGGAGAACUUACUGGUUCCUGUUCAUGCGUAUCCUGUUAUCAAUGAUCUUCACAUCCCAUCUCAUAUUAGUCUUCCCCCAGUGCCACUCGGCCAGAGUGCCAGUCAUGUGAUUCCACUAAGCUGCAGUUGUCCGAUAGACUUUGAGUUCGAAGUGCACUGCCUUCAGCCCCAUAAGGCCUUUACUGUAAGACCGCUGUCAGGGAUCAUUCCAGCAAAUGGAAAGACCACGUUAAAAGUGACAUUUACACCUGUGCGGUAUGGUACAGCUGACAUCACACUACAGCUGGUGAUCUCUCAGUUCAAUUCCAAACCUGUCAUCUGGACAGUGACGGGUUCCUCAUCUCCAUAUCUGCUGCUCAGUAAACCUGAAGGAAAUGGUGAUGAUGAUCAUUUUGUUGAAGAGCGGAAGACUGCUGAUGGGAAAUCUCUGGCUGUUACAUCCCAUCAUAAGCUUAAAACGUCUCUCUCCUUGGAGAAGGGAAGUAAGAAGAAGACCAAACCUGAUCUGCAGCUGCAGGUUUCCACCACAGAUGUCACCACUCAUGCAGGACUGGUUAAAAUGCUUCUCCAGCCACAAGACAAAAUAAGAUACAAGGACCUCCGGGAGGCCAUGUCUUAUACCAAGGUUGCAGACCAGACAAGAGAAAUGAAGGAAGCUGCGUUUUUAAAGAAGGUCCAACAAAAGGAGGAGAAAGCCAAUCAUAUCCGCUGGCAAGUUGAUCUGGGUGACGACCCAUGUUCAACAGAACAGAAACUUAAAAUUUUGAAGGAGCAAGAUGAAGCAGUUGCUGCAUACAAACUAAAAUACAGUGGUGAGCCAGUACCCUUUUCAAGAUCUUCAACUAAACUUUUCUCACGACGAAUUUUACGAGAUGUUGGACAGUUCCCAGAAUGCACUGCUGAUUUCAUCAGCUAUGGCUCUGGCCAGCUGGAGGUCAGACAUAGAGCACUCAGACUCUUCCAGCAGGCUGCUCGUAAGGUUGUUCUUCAAUGUCGUAUGAACAAGAGGCUUGUGUCAUUAAGAGAACUUGUUCAUAAAACCAGGAGUCUGCAGGGAGACAAAGAAUCAGAUGGGGAUGAGAAGCCACACUUUUUUAAGCUGACACCAGAAAAACUUCUGCCCACUACCUUCAAUACAUUUAUACCUGAAGACCAACCUGUAGAACUUGCUGGGAAUGCAUUGGGCCAUGUUACUGUAAGAAUGCCUGAAGCAGAUAUGAAACUCAGGACUCCAUUAUUCAACCUAAAGGUUCCCCAGCGUUACAGACUGUUGGGUUAUCAGCCAUUAUCUGUCUAUGAUGCAGCAGCAACAUUCGUUCCUCCUGACCUGUGUAGGACAUUACGCACUGGAGCACAGGAUGAGCUGUUGCCUGUGGUGAGAUGUCCAUCUGUAGAGCUCAGUGAGGAUGAUGAAGAUAAGAAGCCAGAAGAAGAUGAUGAAUCAGAUCAUGAUUUAGGUCCCACACUUAGUUUCAGUGCACCUGAAGCUCUUCUCAGACCGCCCAAUGCCCACCCUCUCCGGAUCUUUAAUCCUGCGCCACACGUUUAUGCCUUCAAACCAGCUCCGCUUUACCUGGAGUGUGACCUGGACUUUCAUUUGUGUCCACUGCCACGAUACACUGUCCCUAAGGGCAAUGUCGUGGGCGUGCAUGCCCCUCAAACACAGAAGAAAUUUCUAGAUAGAAAGGAUAUAAUCAAAGGCAUUAUGACGUGGAAGAAGUUUCCCUCUAUGGCCUUGAGCACUUUAUCCAAUAUUUCGACUCUAAGAAGUGACUGCGCCCCACGCAUGUCUGACCCCUUCAGUAUUGUCCUUCUGCCUGUGGAGGCCCCUCCAGCUCUUCAGGGUCUGCCUGACAGCAUCAGAGACGAGAUUCAAGCUGGAGUGUCUGAGAGCUCAGAUCUCUGUCUCACUCCUGAGAUGAUUGAAGCAGAGUUUGGUCUGUCUGAGAGAUCUUCAGCAACAUCUGUUAAAGAGGAUCAAGAUGAAGGCAAUGGUUCCAGAACUCCAGUAGCAUCAGUCGCCUCUGCAGUAUCAACCAAAAGGGACACACGUGAGCAGCCGCUGGAGUCGACACAGAACAACAGACUGGGACCAAAAGUGCUUGGUAGAUUAAAAGAAUUGAAAUCUACAGGCAGAGUCAGCUGUGCCUCAUCAUGUGACAAUAAAUAGCACUUUUAUCUUCAGAAGAGGUAGAAAAUGUUAGGUUUCUUUAUGCUUUAGUAAUUGUUUCAUAUUCUGAUAUUCUGUUAAUAAGCACAACUAGAACAAUGAAAUGCGGUGCCAGCUCAGGUAUACGUGCAGACUUUAACAAAAUACAGUGACAAGCCACCAGAUGGCAUUAAAUGCCUGACACAUGAAAUUCAGCAACUGUACCUUCAUAAAAAGAUGUUAUGGUCAAUAUUUGUAUGGGAUCUUCUUUUUUUUAUGAGUUCAAUUAAAUAUUUUUUUCUAAACUUAUUUGCUUUAUCAUUCAAUACGAUUUCUAGAAAAACCUAAACUACAGAAACUACAAAGAUGACACUUCAUCAGUCAUGGGUGUCAUUUUAACAGUAGAUUUACAUGCACAUAGAGUUAUAUAUAAACAACUCAUAUGAGCAUAAUUUGAGUGAAACUUUAAUUCAGAAAAAGUAGUAAUUUUUUUUUUUUUUUGGCAAGUUACCUUAUAUAACAGCAGUCCCCUAUUUGAUAUGAACUCCAUGUUUGUUCAAAGUAUAUUUUUUAUUUCAAUAAAUUUGACAU